AAAUACUCACUACGUCUCCACCGUCGUAUUUGCUGAGUCGAGUUUUCGUCAGUCGUGUUCAGUCGAGUGUUUGUCAUUCCCUUGGGUCAGUCUUUCACCGGCGUUGAUUUUUUGAAUUUUAGUACAAAAAUUGCAUCAAGUCGAAAAUGCCAGGCGUUAAAAUACCAGAAAAGCAACUGACUGAGCUGCGUGCUUUUGUCACGUUGUUGAAGUCGCAACCUUCCAUGUUGCUAUUGCCUGAGUUACAGUUCUUGAAAGAUUACAUUGAAAGUCUUGGAGGGAAAAUCCCCAGCGCUGAUAUUCCAAAGACAGAAAUUCCCAAGUCAUGCCCUGCUCAUGAAAGCCACAAAUCUUCAAAGCCAGCUGAAGACGAAGAGCCAGAGCUUGUUGAAAGUGACGUGGAGCUUGAUCAGACUGGUGUCAUUGAGCCUGAUAAUGACUCACCUCAAGAGAUGGGAAAUCCUGAUCAAGAAAUGUCUGAAUCUGAUGAAGAAAAACUAUCAGAGAUCAGACAACAAGCUACAGCAGCAUUUGCUGAUGGUGACUAUGAAAAGGCAGCUGGUUUCUUCACUGAAGCCAUUCAGUUAAACUCCCAGUCUGCACUGAUGUUUGCCAAAAGGGCCAAUUGCUACAUUCACUUGAAUAAGCCAAAUGCCUGUAUUCGUGAUUGCAACCGUGCUAUUGAGCUUAAUCCAGAUUCUGCUCCUGCUCACAAAUUCAGGGGACGAGCCCACAGGCUUUUGGGUAACUGGGAGGAAGCUGUCAAAGAUCUCCGCUUGGCAUGCAAGAUUGACUAUGAUGAUCAAGCCAAUGAUUGGUUGAAGGAGGUGACUCCAAAUGCUAAGAAACUGGAAGAGCACCGCCGCAAGUAUGAGCGCCUCCGCGAAGAGAAAUUGCUGCGCGAGAAACAAGCCAGAAUUCGGCGAGCGCAAGAGGAACACCAAAAGGCUCGGGAGGCUAGUGAAGCAAGAUCCUCCGGCGGAGCUAAUCCGUUCGCCGGAAUGGGAGGAGGCAUGGGUGGUAUGGGCGGAAUGGGAGGCAUGGGCGGUAUGGGAGGCAUGGGUGGUAUGCCCGACAUAAGCUCCCUACUGAACGAUCCCGAAGUCCUUGCUGCAUUCCAGGACCCGGAAGUGGCGCAGGCUUUCCAAGAUGUGUCAGCAAAUCCACAGAACUAUGCCAAAUACGAAAACAACCCCAAAAUUAAAUCCGUCAUCAACAAGAUGGCUGCUCAGUUUGGCGGAGGUAUGGGAAUGGGCGGUAUGGGAGGAGGAGGCAUGGGUGGUGGCUUCCCUGGUGGAUUCCCAGGCGGAUUUCCCGGCAGCGGAGGAGAUGACGACGACGACGACGCUGUUCCCGAUUUGGAAGAACCAGAUGAUUUGGAUUAAAUAAUAGUUGUAAACUUGGAAAUCCAGAUAUUUGGUCACGAUAAUGAUUUUCUUUCCACCAGCGGGUUGUGUCCACUUGUUUGACUCGUCUCUCUUAACGUCAAGUUUUUUCUUCUGUCCAGUACUCAAGAAGAUAGUCUCCUUUUUCCACCUUGCUCUACAUUUUCUAAAUCAAUUUCUUUCCUUCCGUUUUGAUUUAGACCGCAUACUUAGUCAAUAAACCAGAUGCAGUUUACAUAAAAAAA